UGUCAAACGUGAAAAAAAGAAUGUUGCAGCUAAAAAAUGGAGAAGAAUAUAGAAAUAGUUUUUUUGUAAUUAAAUAAUACAGUUGAAUUAAAGUAAAGUAACGUCCCCUUCCUCCGGAAGACCGGUCGCUAACUAGCUCACUCACGUACGUCGAUAUCCGGCCACUGGUCUGUGUGGGCGGUGCUUCAUCUCUCCUACUCCAACCAAUCAUUAAAUGCCACGUUCCUCCCCAUCACACCUAGCUGCUUGCUUCCUAGCUAUGAAAUCUCGCACCCUCACUUUCCCGCCCUUCACACUAUAAAAGCUGCUUCAAUUGCUAUAUAUAUAACUUAUAUAUAACUUCUUGAUUUCUUUCUAUUUUAAUCAAUUAGCAACUCCUAAAGUACCCUACAACAAUGGGAAUUCUUGAUCAUCUUUACGACAAAUUUGAUUGCACCACUGGCCGCUCCCGCCGCUACAAGAACCGCAGGCAACUCCAGGUAACUCGAUCGAUCUGUGUGUUUAGACAUAAUGGAUCAUCAAUAAUGCACUUGGAAUGCUUAACAUGUUGUAAAUGUAUGCAUGAUUCGACGAUCAGACGGUGGAGAUAAGAGUGAAGAUGGACUGCGAAGGGUGCGAGAGGAAAGUGAGGAGGUCUGUGGAGGGGAUGAAGGGAGUGAGCUCAGUCCAGGUGGAGCCCAAGCAGCACAAGCUCACCGUCGUCGGUUACGUGGAUGCUGACAAAGUGGUGGCUCGAGUGGCAUACCGGACCGGGAAGAAGGUGGAGAUCUGGCCCUACGUCCCGUACGGAGUCAUGGCACAUCCCUAUGCGCAGGGGGUGUACGACAAAAAGGCUCCGGCCGGGUACGUCCGGAGGGCGGAGGAUCCGCAGGUGUACCAGCUAGCACGCGCCUCUUCCACCGAGGUUCAUUACACCACUGCAUUCAGUGAUGAUAACCCAACUGCCUGUGCUGUCAUGUGAUGGAAUAAUGUUCUUCUCAGUAAUUCACAUACCGGAGGAUAUGAUAUAACCCCAACCAGCUAUCAUUAUUGGAUCAGAUGUGUUUUAUUUCAUACCAAUCUUUGAUUUAGUUCGUUUUCUUUUCAUAGUUUUAGUAUUAAGUGAGGACAAAUAGUAGUUGUUACAACUUACAAAUCAAACUCAUAACCAGAGUUUGUUUAAAAUAGUGUUUGGUUUCUUAACGGUUGAAAGCUUGAAAUUGACAACAUACCUUCCAUCCCUCUU